CCCCAGGACCAUGCCAUCAAUUCAACAGCUUCCCAUCUGCUCUGUUCCCGUGCAGCAUCUCGGUGGCCCCUGGAGCUGCUGCAGAGCCCAGUGCGUUGGAUCCCUGCGGUGCUGCCCACUCUGCGCGACGGUGCCCGUGCUGGGCAGGGAACAACGGCCAGGCCUUGGCAGCAGCAGAGCCUUGGCUUUAAGUGCUGUGGGUAAAACAUGCCUACUCAUCAGUUACACCACCAAUGCGUUUCCUGGAGAAUAUAUACCCACCGUUUUUGAUAACUACUCUGCUAAUGUAAUGGUCGAUGGAAAACCGGUGAAUCUGGGUUUGUGGGAUACAGCUGGUCAAGAGGACUACGACAGACUACGUCCGCUCUCCUAUCCGCAAACAGAUGUCUUCUUAAUCUGCUUUUCCCUUGUGAGCCCUGCCUCCUUUGAAAACGUCCGUGCUAAGUGGUACCCUGAGGUGCGGCACCACUGCCCCAACACCCCCAUCAUUCUAGUGGGGACCAAGCUGGAUCUCCGGGAUGAUAAGGACACUAUUGAAAAACUGAAGGAGAAGAAACUGACUCCCAUCACCUAUCCCCAGGGCCUGGCCAUGGCAAAGGAGAUUGGUGCAGUGAAAUACCUGGAAUGCUCAGCACUUACGCAGCGGGGCCUCAAGACAGUGUUUGAUGAAGCGAUUCGAGCAGUUCUGUGUCCCCCUCCCGUAAAGAAGAGGAAGAGAAAAUGUCUCCUGCUGUAAUUGCUUCCCUCCCCCAGCCCAGGUUUUGUCGGAACAAUGGAGCGUUCACACUCCAUGCCAAGUUUUUCUGUUCUCAAUUAGGUCUCUUCCAUAAAUCCUUGAACCGAUCAAUGAUUUCACGGUUUCAUUUGUUUGAAGUAUAAAAGUUACUUUGCAUUCUUCUAAAAGCAAACUCCUGAAAAGACAAACCUAUGUAAAGCCUUAUUUUUAAAAUCCUGUUCUUGCUCAAUUAAGUGUUGCCAAACGAUCUGCUGAACUAAGUUGCGUUGUUGUGCUACGAACACUAAGCACUAAACUGUUUUUUAAAGAUUCUUCUUGAAGAUGACUCUAAUUUCUGGUAGGAAAUGCAAAAACACUUUCUAGUUUUUCACAGUAAGUAACAGUACCGUAUAAUUAGCAAAACACUGCACUCUAAUGUGUUUUAUUAUUAAAUGUUUCUCAACCUACAGUCAUUGCGCUGUGUCAUGUGUGGAACCUAAACUUUUGACAAUGACUGACACCCUCGAGUCACAGUGUAAAAUGCUUUAUCGUUGGUAAGGGCUUGGUUGCAAUCUAGUUCUUGCUGCUGUGAUUUAAAAAAUAAAUAAAACUAUUCUUACUGAAGUGUAUCUAGUCCUUCUGACAGCACUGUGUUGUGAUGGACAGAUGAUAGUGCCAGACAGUAUUGGGACACUAGGGAUGAGCUACACCGUGCUGCCAGAGUUGUGAGGCUGAACUGACUGUAGUGCAGGUUAGAACCAGGGACCAUUUUCCAGAGGUGUGGAGGGGAAGAGGUUGCUGUUCACAGGUGAAUUCCCUGGAAUUUCAAGUAGGGCAUUCCUUUAGGUACAAUUCCCAACCCAUCAUUCCCACAACUGCUGUGUAGUAAAUGCUUUUCUUGUAGAAUCUCUUUUUACUGAGAAAUAUAUCUUGUAUUUUAAAUCCUUUCUGAUGGUAGAAAUUUGCUCUUUUUUUCUUUUCUGUUUGUAGAGUAGAACGUUCAAGCACAUCUUCCUCCUUUUCCUGUUAUUUCUGACCCAGUAAGUUACAUGCUUUCUGAGGGGCUUUUAGUCUAUUAACUAGAUGUAAAAAUCAUGUGGAGCAGCUUUACAUGUUUUAGUCAUUUUUAUAUUUUAAACCUCUAUAAACUAUGGAUCUUCUCAACUGUCACUCUCUGCCAGAUCUCCCCACGCUGUAACGUCACUAACGCGGAGUGUGUUCUCGGUGUCACUGCCUGUACGUGUGCAGCAUAGAUGGAGUCACGGUCACUGGGGUCUGUGAGGUCUGUAAAUUAGUGCUAAUGUUCUGUACAUCCUUGCCUGGCAGGAACACAAUGUUCAACUACACCCUUUCAACCACUAAAGCAAAACUUAAAAAUAAAAGUUGCAAAAUUGUGAAGUUUUUACAUUGAUCUUUUGCUAAUGCAAUUAGCAGUAUGUUUUGCAUGUAUUACUUAAUAAAUCCUGGAAUCACA